AGCAAAUCGUGGAGAAGGAUGAGGGACCCUACUACACCCACCUGGGCUCGGGGCCAACCGUGGCGUCCAUCCGGGAGCUGAUGGAGGAGCGAAAACGGGUCCAAGCAGCAGUGGCAACUGCAGGAAACGCCGUGGGAAACGCCGCAGGAAACGCUACAGGAAACGGGUCCAAGCAGCAGUGGCAACUGCAGGAAACGCUGCAGGAAAUGCCGCAGGAAACGCUGCAGGAAACAGGUCCGAACGGCAGCACAGACUGCAGGAAACGCCGUGGGAAACGCUGCAGGAAACACCGCGGGAAAUGGGUCCAGGCGGCGGUGGAGACCGCAGGAAACACUGCAGGAAAUGCCACGGGAAACAGGUCCAAGCUGCGGCGGAGACCACAAGAAACGCCGUGGGAAACAGUGGGAAAUGGGUCCAAGCGGCAGCGGAGUCUGCGGGAAACGCUGCAGGAAGCGUUGUGGGAAACAGGUCCAAGCAGCGGCGGAGACCGCGGGAAACGCUGCAGGAAACGCGUCCAAGCGGUGAUGGAGACUGCAGGAAACGCUGCAGGAAACACUGCAGGAAACACUGCAGGAAACACGUCCAAGCAGCGAUGGAGACUGCAGGAAGCACUGCAGGAAACGCUGUGGGAAACGAGUCCAAGCGGAAAAAAGUCGGAUCCAGAUGUUUUGCGCCGGGUCGGCUUCGCCGCUGGCGUCGCUUCCCUUCGCCGGAGUCUCGCCCGCCGGCCGCUCUUGCUGCGCUGCAGCGCCUGGAGACCCUUCAGCUCGCAGACGGAUGGGGAGGCCAGGGUGGCCCGAGUCCUGCGCGAGAAAUUCCCCCGGGCUUCUGCCAUCAGAGUCGUGGAUAUCUCCGGUGGCUGUGGGGCCAUGUAUGAAAUCCAUAUAGAAUCGGAGGACUUCAAGGAGAAGCGAACAGUGCAGCAGCACCAAAUGGUUAACCAGGCACUGAGUGAGGAGAUCAAGAGCAUGCAUGGACUGAGGAUCUUCACCUCCAGCCCCAAGCCUUGAGGCUGGCCUGAGUUGACCU